AUGAAUUUCACGCCGCCAUCAACAGACCAAAUACCCACAGCGUGGAAGAAAGAAGUCGACAAGUGGAUGACCUACCACGUCGACUUCGGUGCAAUCCUUAUGUACGCCCAAGGCGACGUUCCAGUCUCCGAUCUCGAAGAGGUCGUCAGAAUCGCCAAAGACAACUACAUUAAAACGGUCCUUUUUGACGAAGAACUUUGCUCUAAUUUCCUGACGCCCGCGCCGGGGCUGGACACCCUGCGCCAGAAAUCCCCGCUGGAGUUAUUGGAGCACCAUGUUCUGCACCAGGAUAAAGGCUGGAAGCCCACUACGGGAAACAACUCGGGAGACCUGGACUGGUAUCCCUUCAACUAUGUGGUUGUGGGACCGAGUUGGCGGUCGGAGGGUGUUUUGGUUGUUGACCUUGCUUCUGAGAACGAUGAUUAUAGAAUCGAUUCUUGUAUGUUCAAGCCGGAGGACUUGGGGUUGCCUUUGACGAGCAUGAUUAUGGGCGACGAGUAUUUUGAGACUUUGAAGAAGGCUUGA